AUGAGGCCGAACAUUGUUACCGAGGCUGGUGUGCAAACUAGAGUUGGACAAUGGUGGAACGCAAUACCAUUCCUCACGUCAUCAGUGGUUGUAGUUUGUGGGCUCAUUUACCUGAUAUGCCUCUUAAUUGGAUAUGACUCCUUCUACGAAGUAUGCUUCUUACCCUCGGCAAUUAUAUCCCGGUUCCAAGUUUAUAGGUUUUAUACAGCCAUUGUUUUCCAUGGAUCGUUGCUUCAUGUUCUGUUCAACAUGAUGGCGUUGGUUCCUAUGGGCUCAGAGCUGGAGAGGAUCAUGGGAUCUGUGCGUUUGCUUUACUUGACAAUUUUGCUGGCGACAACCAAUGCCGUACUGCAUCUUCUCAUAGCAUCCUUGGCAGGAUAUAAUCCCUUCUACCAAUAUGAUCAUCUCAUGAAUGAAUGCGCUAUUGGAUUCUCAGGAAUUUUGUUUUCUAUGAUUGUCAUAGAGACAAGUCUCAGUGGAGUCACCUCUAGGAGUGUGUUUGGUCUCUUCAACGUGCCGGCUAAUCUAUAUCCAUGGAUCUUAUUGCUAGCCUUCCAGCUUCUCAUGACAAAUGUUUCACUGCUGGGGCACCUAUGUGGCAUCCUCUCUGGAUUUUCAUAUUCUUAUGGCCUUUUCAAUUUCUUGAUGCCAAGCUCUUCAUUUUUCUCCUCCAUUGAGUCAGCCUCCUGGAUGUCUAGCUGCAUAAGGCGACCCAAAUUCAUUAUGUGCACUGGUGGGAAUCCUUCCAGCUACAUGCCCACUUAUAAUGGACAAAACACGACAUCCAAUGGUUUCUCUACAGGAAAUGCUUGGAGAUCAUUGUCUUCAUGGUUGCCACAGAGGGAAGCAUCUAAUCAGUCUUCUGAGGACAGUAGAUUUCCGGGAAGAGGUAGAACUCUUACCACUGCCCGUGAUCCAACCGCUCCAGCUGGAGAAACAGAUCCAAACCUCCACGCUAGACUGCUGGAAGAUAGCAGCAGUCCAGACCGCUUUUCUGAUGCGACUGUGAUCAGCGUCACAGAGCCAAGCCCCGCCGCAAGACCGGUGCCAAUAGCAAACGCAGCAGUUCUGCCUCAAUCUCAUGGUCGUGUUGCUGCUUCCGAAGAACAAAUCCAGAAACUCGUUGCAAUGGGCUUCGAAAGGACGCAAGUGGAGGUUGCGCUUGCUGCUGCCGAUGACGAUCUAAACGUAGCUGUGGAGAUCUUAAUGAGCCAACAGUAG